GGGCGUCCGGUGGCGGUCAGUGUUGGGUCCAGGGCCGGGACCGGGGGGUCGGUGGCGCGCCGAGGCCGAGGGCCGGGGCAGGCGGGGCCGCUCUCUGCCGCUCGCUCGCCGCGACGGCGACGGCGGCAGGCGUCGGCGAGGCCUGCGGGGAGAAACGGCACGGCCCCGCGGGUGGCACGCUCGGCCGGGACCCGGCCCGCGCUCAACCGGCGCGAUGCUCUUCUCGCUCCGGGAGCUGGUGCAGUGGCUGGGCUUCGCCACCUUCGAAAUCUUCGUGCACCUCCUGGCCCUGUUGGUGUUCUCCGUGCUGCUGGCAUUGCGUGUGGACGGCCUGGCUCCGGGCCUCUCCUGGUGGAACGUGUUCGUGCCCUUCUUCGCCGCUGACGGGCUCAGCACCUACUUCACCACCAUCGUGUCCGUGCGCCUCUUCCAGGAUGGAGAGAAGCGGCUGGCCGUGCUCCGCCUCUUCUGGGUCUUCACGGUUCUCAGCCUCAAGUUCGUUUUCGAGAUGUUGUUGUGCCAGAAGUUGGUGGAGCAGACUAGGGAGCUCUGGUUCGGCCUGAUCACAUCUCCGGUCUUCAUCCUCCUGCAGCUGCUCAUGAUCCGCGCCUGCCGGGUCAACUAGCCUCUCGGGGAGCUCCGGGUGGCUCAAAUGCAAGAUCCAAAGCCGAGGUCCUACUUCCGCCGUGUCAGAGAAGUCUGGGUCUGAAAGCAAUGCCGGCUCGUGCCUUGCUGAGUGCGCAGGUUUCUCUAAACCAGUCCUGUCUAAAAUUGUUGCCUCAGCAAGUCUAAAAAGAGCAAGAUAGAUCCUUAAAAUGUGUUGCUUGUUAUUUCAUGCUUUGAAUAUGGAAUCCUGAGUUGAGAUCCUGUGGAGGGCCCCAGGCCAGGCAGUUCUGAACUCCUCUGACAGUUGGAAACUGCAUAUAAGUAAAAUGCCCCAGUGCGCUCUGAGUAUUUUCAUGGAUCCUGGGAAAGUACCCUCUGUGCAAAGGCUGCAAAACUGGACUUGAGGAUUUCCUCUGACAAGCAGCGCUGGCCUAAGAGCUCACUGUCCUGUCCAUCCAGACAAGACUUUCUUAGUUGCUUGAGCUCUAAAAAGUGUAAACCAGCUUUUGUCUCCUUCCCUGUGCCACUGGGAAGGAUGGCCCUUUCUUCAUUCCAUCCCAGGCAGACAGGAGUAUGUUGGAUAAGCAUGACUGAGACCCUGUCUGGAGAUCUGUUGCCUGAGAAAAGAGCUUUGCUUACAAUUUACAAAGCUCUGCUUGGCUUCCUAUCCUAGCCUAUGGCAGUGUCACGACUUUUCCACCACCUUGUGGCUGGCACUGUUAGCGCACCUGAGAUGGGUUUAGGCCUCCCUAAGGGACCACAAAGAGAAAGAGGUGCUCAUAGGCAUUGAGACCAACAGACAAAUGGGAAGUUUGCAAAUGGUCUUGGCCUUUGUUUGUGAGCCUGAGGUCUUUGUUUUGGUGCCAGUCAGGUGCCAAUGAGAACAUUUGCUGAGAUAAAAAUAAAAUAAGAAUGUUUUGCUGAUGAA